AUGAACCUGCAGGCUGGCUGUGGGAACUCAAACUCACUGCCUUUAAUUUCUCUGGACUUCCUGGAUGAGAAGAUAGAGAGUCAGGACACCUGGGAAGCCAACCCCUUGCCUCAGCCAGAGCACAAGCUGCUCGAUGCACUUGCAUGGCUCAACAGCGACGACUGGCAGGAGAAGGCGAGGGGCCUCCUCAUCAUCAGACGGCUGGCUAUCUGCAACUCAGAAGUCCUUCUUGAUAGACUUCGUGAUGUUUCCUUGGCAGUUGCCAAAGAGGUGAGCAACCUCCACUCGAAGGUGGCUCGCUUUGCCAUCAACACUGUCGGAGAGCUCUUCAGAAGCAUGAAGAAGAACAUGGACAGUGAAGUGGACAACAUUGCUCAGGUCUUGCUCCAGAAGAUGGGAGACUCCAACAAGUUCAUUCAGGAAGCAGCCAGUAAAUCCCUGGGCCUCAUGGUGAUGAAUGUGACUCCUACACGAGCGAUGUCUGCUCUCAUCGCUAUUGGAGCCCAGCACCCCAACGUCCUGGUGCGAAAGUGUGCGUCUGAACACCUCCUGACCAUAGUGGAGAAAAUGGGAGCCAAGAAGCUCCUGUCGGGCACGUGUUCCAAUACCAAUCUGCUGGUGUAUGUUGUAGGGAAGUUUGCUCAGGACUGUCAUCCAGACGUAAGGUGUCAUGGUCGGAAGAUGCUGAGUGUCUUGAUGACACAUCCAAAAUUUGAUAGUUUUGUGAAACGGUCUAGCCUCUCACGUGACUUGGAAGAAAUUAUGGCAAGAAUGAAGCGGAAAGAAAGGCUUCCAAGAACCAAAAAUAAAGGUCUUGUGGUGUCAGUUUAUGAUGAGAAACCCGAAACUGUCAAGCGCUACGUUCUGCCCAUGCUCUGGUGGUUAUUGGGAAACAAAGCCCUGCCUGUUAAAAGUGGCAAGGUCAGGGCUGUGAUCACCGAGCUGGCAGAGAACCUCUACCAACAGUGCUGGGCCGUGGAGCAUAAGAGGGUGAAUCUGGUAGAACAUGCUCUUGCCAAGGUUAAAGGUGAGCUUGGGAAGCGGCUGCUGAAGUCUCUGGAGUGA